AUGGCGUCGUCAUCAAACCCAUUCCGCAAGCCUGCCACGCAGCAUGCAGAGAGUCGCUAUCCAGCAAUCGAUUCCAUCAGCUCCGUCCAGCUGUUCCCGCCCCCGAAGACGAGCUUCCGCGACGAAAACGUGCCUCCUGCGGCCGCGCAAUCGCCCUCCCAGAAAGCAAAGGUGGUGAAAAAGGUCCGCGUGCUGUCACCGCCUCCGCGGUCGCCCGACUCGCCCGAGUUGACGGCCAGCUACUUCAACCACGCCGCACCACCACAGUCGUAUGCACAGGAGCAAGAUCCCUUCAGCAACGCCGUGGUCGACGAGAACAGCUGGGAGGAUGCAUCCGCUACCCCACCCCCUCAGCCUCAGCCGGCUCUUCCGCAGGGACGGCAGCCGCUGAUGGAGACGACGCAGAUGCAACGGCCGGUGCAGACCGUGGCCAAUCCCUUUAGCAAGAAGAAGACGCAGGAUGCUGGCGACUCCAAGGACCUAAAGGAGGAUCUGCAUGAGGAGGGCGAGGCGCUCAAGGCGGCCCAGUCUGCGAGGCGGUCCCUGAACGUGGAUUCGUUCAAGCGAUUGCUCAUGACGGGCGAUGCGAGCCCGCUCAACUCUACGUCUCCAACGGACUCUUCUUCCGACCUCGACCGCUCAAAGCCUGCACAGGAUGCUGCUCCAGCUGCGGCACGAAUCAGCAAGGAGAAGAAGGCUCCUCCACCGCCUCCAAGCUCCAGACAUGGAAAGGUGAUUAAGCCUGGGCAGAAUGUCACCAGCUCCGAGAGUAUCAUCAGCAGCCCCGUAGAAAAGCUGGCCGAGCCGGUUGCGCAUCACAAGGAGCCGUCUCGGCCUGUGCUGUCUCGGGAGAGCUCGGCAAGCAGCAACUCCUCAAUAGAGGAACCACCCGUGAAAUUUGAUAGUCAUCCUGCCGAGCUUACAUCCAGUCCUGACCAAAUGGAUGCUUCUACAACGCCUCCUCACAAUGCCAAAAAGGCUGUACCGGCCCCUCCCCCCCGACGACAGCCUCGAAUCGAGGUGAAGACAAAUGCCUUGGACUCUCAAGAGAAUGAACCACCUCCACGCACGUCGAUGGACUCGAUUGUGUCUAGGUCUGGCAGUGUCCGCCAAAGUAUCAAUGCGCCAGCGCCUCCGCCGCCCCGGAGAACAAUAUCGAGCUCGAAGCAUCCGAGCCAUCCAAGCACGCCGCAAUCCUCUACACACAUCCAUCCUCCCGACCUUGAUCCGCCAAGAGCCUCCCUCGACUCAGCAAGGCCCAUGGCGCCUCCCCCUCCACCCGCGCGCAAUCCAUCUACUCGCCGACCUCAAAGUUUAUACGGCUUGGAGUCCUCCCAACGACGAACCAUGUCCGACAUCAAACCGCGAGACGCAGUGGCUCCUCCUCCACCUCCCUCGAGGAGUCAAAGCAGCACGGGUGGGCGGUCUGGACGAACGAGUCUAGACUCGGCCAGGAAGCCAAGAACAUCUGCGGAUGAUUUUAGCGACCUCAACGAGCAGUACAUAGGGCAAAGCGUAGACAUUCUCGCUGAUCUUGAAUCGCUACAAAGAGAGGUGGAUGCUUUACGAGGGAAGAUGGGUUGA